AUGCCAGCAGGAUUGGCUUUGUAUGCGUUUCCACAUCGGCCGUUCGAAGAAACCUUUAACGAGGAGGCAGGCGAAGCUGUAGCUGAAGAAGACCGUGUAGAAGUCGCGAGCGUGGAGCACGUGGUAGAUGAGCUAGAUGGUGUGCUGGAUGAGGCCCCGGCAUUGGAGCAUGUGCCAAACUUCUGGUUACAUCCUACGCCACAAGCCGAAUCGCGAGCCCGAACACGUGAAGCCGUUGCGUCCGCCACAGGUACCGUCGGUGGAUACCUUGCUCUUCGGCUUGGAGGCAGCGGAGGGCGCGGACGCAGGUAA